GAAUUUCAUGGCAUAUAUAUAAAUGGGGUAACGCUGUUCCGCGUGAAAUUGUGUCAAAUUAAAGCGCGGAAGGAUGGCGAAAUUCGCUCUUCUAUUUUGUCUCGUUAUUUUCUCUGCCUAUGGCAGCUCCCAGAUUAUUCCUUCGUUCUUCGAUCCGAUGAAGAAAGUGCAACUAUAUGAAAAACAUGUUAUCGAAAAGAUCAACGAUAUCAUUAAUAGAGCGAACAAGAUCUUUCUUCGGCCCAAAGAACAAGCUAAGCAGCUUGUAGAAGAGAUGAAAAAAAAGAGCGAGAAAGUAAACACGGAAGCAAAAAAUUUUGUCAAUAACGUAUUAAAAAAUAUGGAGUUUGAAUUAAAAAAUCUAAAGAAACUAAUAAGUGGGGCUAAUGACUGCAACGCACAAGAAGAACAAUUGAAUCAUUUAUUUGAUGAAUUCAUGAAUUUAACUGCUAAUUGUACUUUAAGAAAGUUGAAUGAAGCGAUACGUCUUACGGCUAAAAUAAAUAUAAAAUCUGAAAACUUAAUAAAUGAUCUCAAUGAUAUUAGUACGAACGCAGCACAGUGUGCAACAAAAAAUCAAUUUCCUAUUGAAAUCAUGAAUUGUUUAAAUGACGCACUGAAUAAAGCAACACGAUAUUCACUCGUGAAUAUUUUAGAAACUACCAAAGAAAAUGAUUAUACCAUUACACUUAUUAUAAAACUGAAAAUAUCAUUAAAAAGUUGCAACUUGAACGAGGUAAAAGAUAUUAUGAAACAAAUUAUUACAUUAAGAAACCAAAUUAAACAAUGUUACAAAAAUCGAUACACAAGUACCUCGAGACAUUCUUCUAAAAGUACAACGCAACCAACGAUUGUCACAGAACCUGUCACUCGUACAUCGAGUACAAGUAAACCUAGCACAGAACAAUCAAGUAGCACAGAAGGAUCGUCUAGCUCUAGUACAGAACAAUCAAGUUCAGAUAGCACAGAACGACCAGGUAGUUCGACUACACCGCAAUCAAGCAGUACAGGAGGAUCGUCUAGCUCUAGUACACAACAAUCCAGUUCAAGUAGCACAGAUGGAUCAUCUAGCUCUAGUACGCAACAACCAGGUAGUUGGACUACAGGGCAAUCAAGCAGCACAGGAGGAUCGUCCAGUUCUAAUACACAACAGUCAAUUUCAAGUAGCACAGAAAGACCAUCUAGUUCUAGUACACAAUCCACUUCAAGUAGCACAGGAGGAUCGUCUAGCUCUAGUACACAACAAUCCAGUUCAAGUGGUACAGAACGACCAGGUAGUUCGACUACGGCGCAAUCAAGUAGCACAGGGGGAUCGUCUAGUACAGAACAACCCAGUUCAGGUAGCACAGAAAGACCAUCAAGUUCUAGUACACAGUCCACAUCAAGUAGCACAGGAGGAUCGUCUAGUUCUAGUACAGAACAACCAAGUUCAACUACAGACGUAUCAGUCACAACAAUAAUAUAUACAGACAAGUCCUCGAAUAGUACAGUGGAAAUAUCUACGGAUGUCACUGCAAACUCCUCGAAUGGCACAGUGAACAUAUCUACUAAUAUCACAGAAGGGUCCUCUCCAAACGGAUCUAUUGCUACCACACCAAUCUCAAAUACCACUUUGCCUCCUUGUACAUGUUUUAAUUAUGGUUAUUAAUUUAUUCCAUUAUAACAUGAAAAAUAUAUAUUUUUUUUUUUGAUUGAAAGACACAUAUAAUUAUAUUUAUUUGUAUAUUGGAUGAAUUUAUUAAUCAGUUGAUAAUUGAACUAUAUGUCAUUGUUCAUAAUAAAUUUUGAACUAUUGAAGUA